CUUGUGGGAGUGGAGAUUGGGGGCCAGAGCUCACUGGUGACGUGUCCGUCACGUGACCAAGAGCCGCCUCGAGCAGAAGUCCAGCUAGUCGCCUCUGUCUGGGUACCAGCCCCCUAUUACUCUGCAGGCGGGUAAAGGGAGAAGGAAAGGAGCCCCGGACCGCGCGGGUGUAUAGGUCUGUUGGCCUGUAGAUCGCGGCGAGAGAAGGAGCAAACUGCUUCGGUGGGAACCGUGCAGGUCGGUGUGAAGGGAAAGGGGUGUGGCGGCCUUUGCUGGGGAAAUGGCGGACGACCAGCGCGGCGGGGGAAGCUCGCAUUGGGAAAGUCAGUGAGAAAUAUUUUCAACUCAAGGACCUCAGAUUCACAAGAGUGGAUAUUGGGACUUAAACGGCCUCAGUGCUCAUCCAUCCACUACACUUUCAGUUCUCCGUUGCUGCCUACCUGUCUUUGCAUUUGUCCUUCUGCCAGACUCUGUCCCCAUAUCGCUGUGGAGGAAACACUGACAACAGAAGGCGAGGACAGAAGGCAUUGGCCUGACUUCGGUAGAGAUUCUUCUCAAGAGAGCUACAGGAGCCUGGCAGAGGCUGAAGACUGCUACCCUCGUACGUUACACAUUCUGGUCUUAAGUCCUCUUCAAUCAGGUGGAGCCAAAGCACUCUCCUGUCCUGCCCUGAGGCUGGCACGGACCUGAGCAUGGGACGGGCCCGGGAAGUGGGUUGGAUGGCCGCAGGAUUGAUGAUUGGGGCUGGUGCCUGCUACUGUGUUUACAAAUUGACCAUAGGAAGAAAUGAGAGUGACAACUCAGAGGAGGAGGAGGAAGAGGAAUGGGAUGAUGAUCAGGACCCGGAUGAGGAAGAGCCCGAGAUUUGGUUUGAUUUCACGACUAUGGCUCGGCCUUGGAGUGAGGAUGGGGAAUGGACUGAACCCGGGGCCCCAGGUGGCACUGAGGACAGACCCUCAGGUGGGGGCAAGGCCAGCAGAGCACACCCAACAAAACAACGGCCUUUCCCCUAUGAACAUAAAAAUACCUGGAGUGCUCAGAGCUGUAAACAUGUCAGUUGUAGUCUUCGCCACUACACGUGUCCGUUCAUUCAGGGACUGACGGAGCGCCAGGAUGCUGGCUUUGCCCUUAGCCACGGUAUCAAUAGUCAUUUGGCCAGCCUCUCAAGGGCUGGAAACCUGAUACCCACUCCCCAGCGCACCUUCAGGGAGCAGGCUUUGUGUGCCCUGGGAAGCUCCCAUGCCAGCAUUCAAAGUCAGGGCCAGAUUAAGACGUCCAUCACCGAAGUGUAUCGGGAGACUGUGUCACGUUGCUGUGGUGCAUUUCUGCAGCAGGCUGGAUUCAGUUUGUUAAUAAGUGUGGCGGUUAUUAAUGACAUGCUUGCCAAGUCCAUUACAGACUUGCAGUUUCCUUUGAUACCAGAGGGAAGUGGACGGGCUGAGGUUCAGGCUUCGAAACUGUGGAUGGGUUUGUCUGAAAAGCCAGCGCUGGCGGGAGAAUGGCUGGGCUUCUACAUGCUGUUUCCAUUCAUGGCCUUCUUAGCCCGCAGUGCAAACCCAGGGCUGCUCCUGCACACCCCUGCCUAUUAAAUGUCCGUCUCAGGCACGAUGAGACUGGAUCUCACUCCCCUCCACCCACUCAGAGCCCACAAGGUUUGCAGCUGUCAGAGAAUCUGCAGUGGGUGCUCCAGAGGUGGCAGCCUUAGCUGGUCACCACAUCACUUGGGUGAACGCUGCAGUGGCUUCAUCGAGGACCACAUUCUCAUUGGCCAGGUGGGGGCUCCACAGAGCCUGCAGUCACUUCCUGGUUUUGCAGUCUGCAGGCAAUGUGCACAGUCGCUUCCUCACUAGCAGCUCUCUGGUGUGCUAAAGGGAUCACUUUGGUUGCCAGCUGUGGAUAAAGGACAUCUGCUUCCAGCAUCAGGAGUGCUGCUGCCGCCUAAGCAGAGCCGCUCUGCAGAGACCAGACGCAGUCGUGAGCUUGAGCUGAAAAUGCGUUUGUUGCCGCUUGGGUGAAUGGGUUUGCCUUGACUCUCUCUUCUACAGGAGCUCGGGGAUGGUGAACCUGCCCAUCCCAAGAGUACACUGCCCUUCUAGCUACCUUAUUGCCCCCAGUCUCCCCCACCCAAGUCUACAUCUGUGUAUCAUCAAUAAAGUUGUGUGCUUUCACUGGCAAAAACCAAACAAACAAAAA